AUGGAGGAGCACAACAUCUCAGUUGUUCUUCUGCAGGAAUACGAUUUUGAAAAAAGAUUUGAUGACCAAGAAGCAAUCCAAUGGAUGCAGGAGAACUGGAGUAAGUCCUUCUUUUUCUCACUUCUAUAUGCUGCCUUAAUAUUUGGAGGCCAGCGUGUCAUGAAAGAAAGGAGAAGGUUUGAACUGCGCAGGCCUUUGGUGCUUUGGUCCUUUACCCUUGCAAUAUUCAGUAUUAUUGGGGCAAUCCGCACUGGCUGGUACAUGUGUAACAUACUCCUCUCCAAUGGUUUCAAGCAAUCAAUCUGUGACCGGGGAUUUUAUAAUGGACCUGUUAGCAAGUUUUGGGCAUAUGCUUUCGUCCUAAGUAAAGUUCCUGAGCUUGGUGACACACUGUUCAUUGUCCUCCGCAAGCAGAAGUUAAUCUUCCUUCACUGGUAUCAUCACAUUACAGUGCUGCUUUACACUUGGUACACGUAUAAGGACACGGUAGCUGGAGGAGGUUGGUUCAUGACUAUGAACUACACUGUCCACGCCUUCAUGUAUUCUUAUUAUACUCUGCGCGCUGCAGGAAUUCAAGUACCACGUCCAUGUGCCAUGUUCAUCACAAUCACCCAGAUCUUGCAAAUGAUAAUGGGCACUUUAGUCAAUGUUCUGGUGUAUAAAUGGAUGCAAAAUGGGACAUGCUCAAGUACUCCAGAGAACAUUUUCUGGUCAACCCUCAUGUACUCAAGUUAUCUGAUCCUUUUCUGCAGCUUUUUUUAUGAAUCUUAUGUGAAAAGUCCAACAAAAAGGAAAGGAGAUUAACCUUAAAUCAGAUGCUUUCUUGCCAGCUAACAUUUCCUUAAAUAAAAUGUGACUACAUAGUAUAAAUAUGAGUAAUUUUAUACACAAUUGGUACAUGUCUAUUGUCAAUAUUGCCAUCAACUUGCCCUCAAAGAAUAUGCAGAAUAUGGACAUAAUAUAACAUACCUACACCCGAAGAUUCAUCUGACAGACGUUCCAGGAACAAACAAUGCUGCCUUAAUGGGCUACCAGCAGAUACCUGUCCAACACGUUCCUCAAAGAUAGGUAUUUAUACAUGUUAAUGUUUCUUUUGUAACUUCUUCAGCAUUUGAAUAUACUGUAAGUGAUACACUAAUACAAAAAGACAAAAAUUGAAUGGCACGUCUGGAGACAAAGGUUUUAAACAGAAGUUAUGAAUAAAUGUGAUAGUUCAUGAGAUCUUGGGGAUCACUCUAUAUGGAGUGCACACCCAUACAGUUGUUCAGUGUAUUAAAGGGUUCUCCAGUUUAGUAAAAUGUAUCCCCUAUCCAAAAGGAUAGGGGAUAAGUGUCAGAUCAUCUGCACUGCACUCCAGCUCUCCAUGUGCAUGAAGCAGGGGCUGGCACGUGUCCUCCAUGCAUCUAUAAGGGAGAGCUGAAGCUCUAUACUUGUGUUUCUUUGCCUUUCCCUCAGAGAUGCAUAGAGGGGUGUGUUAACCAUAGAUUUGUGCGCGGGUCAACACAGCUAUGUACAUGGGGAGAGCGGGGCGCAUUUACCUUUGGAUAAGGGAUACAUUUUACUAAACUGGACUACUCCUUUAACUUGAUAUAUAGAAAUCUAGAACUGUUCCAACAUGCAAAUCUGAACAAACCCAUAUCCCUGCAUUGUGCUCCCCAAGGCCUUAGUCAUGUUAUCACUUGGAAUGAGUAUAUGCAUAUACACCUUUAAGAGUACCUAUAGACAAUCUCCCCAAACUUAGAUUUUACUAUUGUUAAAUAGGUGAGGGAACUGAAGAGCGUAUCAAGAAACUGGUAUCAAGAAAGAGGUGUGUGAUCAAGACACUCUAAGCUACUUAAUAAUUGUAAAAUCUCAUUUUCUUGGGUUUGAAAAAGGUUUUCUUUAACUACUGUGCUGAAAUGAAUCGCAUCAAAAGGUUCAUUUAGGCCUCAUAUAUGAGGCAUGGAGUCCCAUGCAACUUUUGUUCUGUGUUGGGUGUUGUAGGUCUAAAGAUAUUCUUCUCCAGAAAUAAUGCAUCUAGGGAAGAACAUCGAUAUGACAUUCACUUAAACAUAUCACAGAGAUAUACAAAGAUACAAUAAAGUUUCUUAUACCUUCAUUGGUGCCCUGUUACUUCUCCAUACAAAAAAAAUGCCAUAAUAUAGCUGUGCUUGAGCCCUAAGUUUCAUAAAAGACUUAAAGGGGUUA